AUGGCCUCCUCCAGCGCUGUAGAAGAUGAGCAUCUAACGGAUUCCGAUUUAACCGACGAUGAGGAGCGCAGCGUGGAACCUCGUCAGGAGGAGAUCCGUCCGGAGACCCCAAAGCCAUCGUAUAGCGACGAGGAACUGAACCAACUGGUGGGCUACAUUCAGCGGAUGAGUGUGUUGAGCUGCUUGGAUCACAGGGACUGGCAGGAGGGAACUCUGGACAUCAUCCGCGGCUGGCUACUGGAGGUUCACGAGCCCCUGCUAACCAUUUACUACGACAGGGAUGCCCUAGCCGCCUGCUUGGGCAUGCCCUCCAUGUGUGUCUCGGAUCUGAGUUACUUUCGCCGCGAACCGAAUGAGAUUUUUAGCGUGGAGGGAUUUCACGAUGAGAUUAACUUCGGCACCUUGACAAGCGAUGUGGAUGGCUGCUUGAUGGAGCUACUCGAUCGCUUGUACGUCCCCUUCUUCCGGAACUAUCUCGAAUGGAAUGCCACGGUGCGUAACCGUUUCUGUUCCAGCAUGGACAGAUUCCUGGCAUUUCUCAGCGGAAUGCACCAUCAAAUCUCUGGGAUGUCCGUGAUGUACGUCCCCUUUGUCAUCAAGGAGUUGACGGCUGGGCCCGUUGAUAGAUACUUGGUCGGCAGCCUGGAGGGCAUCGCUCUCUACUGGACCACACAGAUUCGAACUUUGCUGGCAGACGAUACUUUGACGGUUCCACAUGAUCUGGUCACCGUUCGGGAUGAGUUUGAGUUCUGGGAAUAUCGCUAUGAAGUCCUUCAAGGAAUCAAUGAUCAAUUGGCUCAUUCGGAUGUUCAGAAGGUUUUGUUACUCUUGCACAAUGCCCAAUCCGUGCACAUGCCACAAAUGGAUGGACUUAUUGAGAGGGCCAGAAAGGAGCUUCAUAAAUCUCUGUCGAAUAUUAAGUACCUUCAUCUGCUCAUUGAGCCCUGCUCCAAAAUCGAUGCGGCCACAAGCCCGGCGGAUUUGACGAAACUUUUACCUCGCAUUAUCCACCUCAUACGUUUCAUUUGGCUGAAUUCGGAAUACUACAAUACAACUAGGCUAAUUGCUGCAUUGUUUCGGAAUUUGAGUAAUCAGAUCAUAAGAUUCUGCACAAAGCAAACCAAAGUGGAGGAGAUCCUCUCGGGCAAACCGCGUUUCGGCAUUAGGAUAUGCAACGUGGCUAUUGAGUGCUGCCUGACUUAUAGGGGAAUCUAUGAUACAAUUUCCAGAGAUCUUGCCCAGAAACACACACAAAUGCCGUGGGAGCUGGAUGAGGGACUAAUCUUUAACCACAUCGACGCCUUUGUGGAACGUCUGAAUGAUGUGAUUGACAUUUGUGAGUCCAUGAUUGUGUUUGGCCGACUGGAUGAAAACGGAAGCAUACCCAAACCCGUAUUUGGCGGAACCUGUGGCGAGGAGCUGGAGAAGAUUGCGGAAAGUGUGGAGGUGCAGUUUCUGGACACCUUGAACAAGCUACAGCAAAACUCGCAGGCAUAUAUCCUGAAUGUCCAUCGCGCGGAUUGGUAUGCAGAUGUGGCUGGCUUUCGCAAAAAUAUGCAGAAACUGGAGGAGACUGUCCAGAGGCUGAUCUUCAAUGUAUUCCAGCAAGUGUCCAAUGUUGAGGAAAUGUUGGAGGCUCUGCAGGCCAUGCUAUUCUACUCCUAUCGCCAGAGGGGAACACUGAGAAAAACAUACUUAAAGGAAACAAGCAAGCUGUGGAGGAUGUUCUCCAAGGAAAUGGAUGCUACGUCGAGAAAAUUGUUAGAGGAGCAAAGCCGAGAAUCCUGGUUAUCAAAACACGUAUCCAUAGCUCUCGGCUAUCGGAUUAAUCUUGAACGCCUGACAUGGCUAAGAGAUCGGUUGAAGAACUCCGAAUGGUUGCCGGCUGUUAAGGAAUCAUCUCCGGCUUUGGCCAAAUUCGAUGCACUGCGUCACGAAUUCCAAAAGGAAAUUCGACUUGCAUACGAUGACUGGGUGGCCAAGUGCUGUGGCUUUUCGGGAGAUCUUUGCCAGCGUUUGGAUCGUUAUCUAGUCGUGCGAAGUAAGAAAUUCAAGGGACUUUUGGAGUGCAAUAUCGAUGCCUCCGUUCUGGAACUGUGUGAGCAAGCCCAGCAUUUUGAGCGAAUGGGCUUCGCCAUUCCCAGCACAAUGAAAAAACUUUACGAAAGAUACGAUACUAUAAGAUCGUUAUAUAAUGGUAUAAUCAAACUGGCCUUAAGUCACAAUCGCAUUCUGGCUGUUUUGAGCGAUAGGGAACGGAAACUCUUUCGUCCUCUGAUCCAAGCGUGUGACCGCCAGCUUGCUCCUGGGGUAUUUAAGAUCACCUAUGGCUCCGAGUUCAACGAGGAAUUUUUUGAAGAUGGAACAGAGUUUAUCGCUGAGUUCCAGGAGUUAGUUCUUAUAUUCAAGCGCGCUAAUCGCGGCGUGGCCAGGAUUUGUGAGAAGAUCUGCGGCACUUGUCUGCUGCAUUUUGCAUUUUCCGGCUCCGUGGAUAUAUCUGUGUUCCAACAGCAGUUGUCCAGCAGGCUGAGUUCCUCCGGUGACAUCUUAAGGAGCUACUACAGUCAUGUAGUGGAGCUACUGUCAGCCUUUAGUGGGCAAUUUCAAUCGGUGGAUGACGAAAUGUCUGCGGAAUGGAUUGCUUAUGUGAACGAUAUGGAUGACAUGCUAGCCAGCUCCUUGAUGACCAGUGCUCGUGGAUCAUUAAACAAACUCUAUGAGGCCCUUCAUUGCGAUGCGGAUAUGGCAUCCGCUCCCAUUAUUGUCGUCGAAUCGGAUGUGAAAGAUGGUCGGAUUGUCUUUACUCCCGACAUGGAUGCCAUUGGAGAUAUGAUCAAUGGAAUCGUGGACAGUAUACGCAGCAUGUUGGAUCAGUUUCCGCGAUUGGGUUAUAAACUAAAGCUCCCAAAGAAGCAGCAACGCCAGGGAUUCGCUAGCGUUUUUCGGGAGGAUCAGGAAUGCUCUGAAUUGAUGAGAAGCAUUCAAGCGGAGAUUGGCAUUCAGCGGGAGGAACUAGCUAAGUACGAAUCGGAGUGGAAUAAGAAUCGUGUUCUUUGGCAAACGACAGAGGAGGAAUUCCGGCAACGCCUUAUGUCUAAGUCUCGAACGGCUGGCGUCUUUGAAGGCGGAAUUGAACACUACAGUGCCCUGGCGGACGAUGUCAUCUUCGAGGAUGCCAUCACUAACGUUUACUUUAUCCUGAUCAAUCAGAAUGCACUGAAGAGCACUAUGCUGGAUUGGAUCGAGAAGUGGCAGGCUCUAAAUAUUAAAAUGCUGCUGGAUCAUGGUAGCAAUUUGAUGGGAGCUGUUUACCGAUAUAUGCGACGCAACGAGCGUAAUGUGAUGAAGGUUCCUCGUACCAUCCGUGAAACGGUGGCUGCCAAACAGCUCUUUGAAAAACUCCUGAAGGAUGUGCCAGUGAAGCAGUCCGCAUUUACUCCGAUGCUGGAACUCUUCGUUCUGCUGCACAAAUACCAGGUGAAGCUUAGCGAGGAAACAUUUGAGCAGGUUAUGGGAUUGGAAACGGCUUGGCUGCAUUACCUUCAGGUGCUGGAGGAAGCGGAUGAGAUGCUGGACAAUGAGGACAGUGAGGCCAAGUUGCUAUUGGCCAAGCACGGCGAAAAGUUCAAGUUGAUAUUAAAGGAUUUCCUGGAGGAUUUCUAUUCCAAAUUACCCAAGAAAUAG